CGAGAACGUCUCUGUCACAAUUCAGGCGCAGUGUCACAUCUGAUCAUUGAUUCUGGGCCGUCGGUUUCUCACACUCAUGAGCGACUACGACUUUCGCCCCAGUGGCUCCCUUAAACUCAAGGGGGUUGCUGAGGGCGGAAUUGUUAAGAAGAAGAAGAAAAAGUCCAAAAGCAAGGCGACAGAGAUCGAAAGCGGCGCGGUCAGCGACUUGAUCGAGCAGGCUGCGAACCCCUCCAGAAGCAAUCCGGGAAGCGGCAGCUCUACUCCAGCCGUGCGAAACUCCGAAACCAAGAAGACCGACGCUGAACGACGCUUCGAAGAAGUACAAAAACGUCGACUCGAACGCCGUAUCGCGAAGGUCGCACACAAGACGCACAAGGAGCGCGUGAGCGAGUUGAACGCACAUCUUGAGUCUCUCAGCGAGCACCACGACAUUCCCAAGGUUGGGCCGGGAUAAGACGAGCCUAUGCGCUGUGUCGAGUGGUUGUUGUAUAUCUCUUGUUUGCCUGUAUUCAUAAACAUCGCCGAUAGAACCCAGAGUCUUUCCCAGAGAGUGGACAUUGUGCAUGUAGUCCCUAGGAACUUCUAUCGGAGCUACAUGCGUGCAUGACAAUGCAUCUGAGAAUGCCUAAUCUGAG